AUGGGUUCUAUCAACCGCAUAACACCACAGAGCCCUUGGCACCUUCACACGAAUGGGCUGUACAGCAUUCUCAAACAGAGAGGGGCAGCUUCUUUGCGGGACGGGGGUAACAGGAUGGGCUUCUGGCCUGCUUACAACAUGGUGCAAGUACGAUGCCUGCUUACAUCCCUCGAGUGCCCGCCAGAAUCCCGAGAAUGGUUUGCGGCCAUUAAAGAAACGCUCCACCCCGGAGAGGGGUUGGCAGUUGAGAUUGGCGAGUACAUCUGCAAGAUGGCGCACGUUCAGAAGCGCAUGCUCGAUAUUCUUCGGGCCCGAGACUUUGAUGCAGCCGCCGCCGAGUAUUAUGACCUCGUCGGCAUUAUAUUCAACGCCGAAGAUCAUUUUACCGCGUUUGACGCAAGCUAUCAUUAUAUCGACGAGGUCUUCAACCCCUACUUGCGAAACAUGCUCAACUCGGCACGGGUGAAGGGAUAUCAUGUUAUCCUAACCUUUGCGAAUUUCCUAUCCCAUCACUCUGCUGUUCCUGUCCCCCCAGAUGAGCUUAAAGUGCUACGUUCACAUUGCGUCUGGCGCGUGAGAGACGGGGCAAAGGAUGUCAUGAAGGCGACACAGCGACAUCUCGACCCGGCAUCUUUUCGUAACAAUCCAUCCCCAAGGACGGUAUUUGACGCACUGAAACUGAUCUGGCCCUUGACGGCGGUCUACCUCGUCCCUUCAACUCUUCCCGAACAGAGUGAGGCAGCAGGAGUAGCUUUGCAGUUUAUUGGAAGUGAGCUUGGAGUGAGGCAGGGUCUGAAGGUGAACCGAGGAGAAUCUAAACUGCCGCCAGAAGCGGAGGUGCCCUCCAAGCUUGUUGAAGACGAGACCUUUGAUCCGUUACCACAAAGCAGAGGCAUAAUGUGA